AUCACAGCAGACAUGGCCGCGUUUCUGCAGAAGUUGCGUCAGAAGGUGAAAGUUGGAGUCGUGGGCGGUUCAGAUUUUGAGAAGAUUAAGGAGCAGCUGGGCGAUGACGUGGUUGAACAAUUUGACUACGUUUUUCCAGAAAACGGUCUUGUAGCAUACAAAGAUGGGAAAUUCUUGAGCAAGCAGAACAUUCAGGGUCACCUGGGCGAGGACAUACUUCAAGAUCUAAUCAACUACUGCCUGAGUUAUAUUGCCAAGCUGAAACUGCCAAAGAAAAGGGGUACUUUUAUUGAGUUCCGAAACGGGAUGUUAAAUGUGUCCCCCAUUGGAAGAAGCUGCAGCCAGGAAGAACGAGUUGAGUUCUAUGAACUUGAUAAAAAGGAACAUAUAAGAGAGAAAUUUGUAGCUGACUUACGAAGAGAAUUUGCAGGAAAAGGCCUCACAUUUUCUAUAGGAGGCCAGAUAAGCUUCGAUGUGUUCCCAGAUGGCUGGGAUAAGAGGUACUGCUUAGGAAUCAUUGCCGAUGAUGGAUACAAGACUAUUUAUUUCUUUGGUGACAAGACUAUGCCAGGAGGGAAUGACUAUGAAAUUUUCACAGACUCCAGAACAGAAGGCUACAGUGUCACAUCCCCACAGGAUACCAGAAGAAUCUGUGAAGAGCUAUUUUUUAAAUAA